GGGUGCAGAAAAAUCUCAGGGGAGGGGGCUGGCUUUUGAACACGUCAUAUGUUGUUUGAGCCAGUGAGAAGCCUUGGGGGGGGGGGGGGGGGGGCAGGAAACAACCAGGAGACGUUUGACCCUCAAAGAAACAUCCAGAAUCUCUGGAAGGACCGUCAGCCCAAAAACCCGUCUACCGGACCUGCCUGAGAAACACCCGCAGGAGCGACGGCAGACCCAACUUUGCUCGAUGUCAGCACGGCAGACGGAGUCAGACAGCUGCGGGCUGGCUAUUCUUAGCCCAGUCGUUUGUUGUCUGUGUGCUCUUAGACACGCGGCGGCAGCGAGUCAACAUCGGGGCGCAUGCUGGAGCUGGGCCGCAGGUGGGCCGGCGACGCCCGUCCCCCCCCGGGAACUGCCGAGCUGCCGCCCGAACCUUCCGGUGAACGUGGGCACCCGUCUGUGGUGGCGCAGGCGCAGAGCGAAGACUUCCAGGAGUUCAGCCCGACACACGUCCGCCGCUGUGACUCGCGCUUGGGCUUCGUCCGCGCCUUCGGGCAAGCGAGUUUCAAUGCGGAAGGCCAGGGAGAGCAAGGCAUCCGGUGGUUUCGUUCGGCAGACGGAGCGCCCGUGUCGUGCCGUGACGUCAUUACCCCGCCCCCUCAAUUUAAGGACGCCCCCGACGAUGGCGUCGAGUGGUCGCAACUGACCGGCGACCGCCAGUGGGAGCCAAGCGAAAGUGAUUGGUCGCAAGUGUCGGCUGCUUUUAGCUCCUCCUCCUCCUCCUCCUCCUCCCUGUUGGCUCACUGUGACUACGCCCCCUGGCCAGCAGGCAAAGUCGUUUCCAUUUGCUCUCCCGCCACGCACGCCAGCACAUGCCACCUGCUGGGCCGGAGUACGAGUGCGCACCAAAACCGAGGCUUCCUCUUGCACCACAAGCUGCGGCCCAUCAUGGGUCUGUACCGAAAGGGUCGCGAGUACGACGUCUUGCGUCCCAUCCACAGCGGCGCCUCCGGGACGGUGCCCGCCGUGUACUGGGUGAGCCCCUGGCGGACGGAGGCGGCCGACGAGGACCGAGGCGACCCGGAGGCGGAAGGCCGACCCGCGUCUCUGCGAGAUGAGACCGCUUGGGACUCGGACGUGGACAUGUACGUGGGGGAGGAGGACGGCGAUUAUGAAGGGGACUGCGAGGACGAGGUUGACGAGGAGGCGUCGGCCCCUGCGGCGGCGGCGGACCCUGCGGCGGCGGCGGACCCGGUGGCGGCGCCUGCGCAAUACCUCCAAGCCUUGCUGGAUGUUUUCCCUGUGUUGCGGAGAGGCCAGUGGACAGGCGGCGCUCCGGGGCUCACUGACGGCCAGCGUCAACACCUCCCAGGCGAGGCCCUCGGGGACGCCCACGCGCGGACCCCUGAGCCGCGAACCCCCGAGCCGCGGGAUGACCCCCCCUCCUGCUUCAGCAGCUCCUCACAGGCCUCACUAAAGGACUCUGAGCGUUCGUCGGAUGACGGGAGCUCAGGCGUCUUCUCCUCCGGCGGGGGUCACGAGGAGAGUUGGGGGCGGGCACGGGGGCCCCCCUCGCGCCGAUUUGAAGGUGUGCACAUUUGGAUCGAGGACGCUCGGGGGCGGCGCCUGAAAAUUCGGGAACGGCGGUGGGUCCGAGUCGGACACGUGGCUGUCGGAAUCGGCCGGCAGAUGUCGGCGAGCGCCUUCACCUUGGAGAUGCCAGACAGGAAGUCGGUGUGCUUCCGGCGGCAGAUCGGCGAGUCUCAUCUGCGCCUUCGCUGUGUGGACGCGCCCGACUCGUGUCCGCGAUGGACGUGGCGAGUUCAGGACGGCAAACUAGAAGUCCGCCAAUGACCGGACUCAUCGGAAGCCGCCUGAACUUUUGCUCCUGGUGGUUCCGGCACAAAAGGAGCAAAUGCUAACUUCUUUUGCCUCUCGUAGCCAUUCAAGCAAGAGCAAGUUACUUUUUAGUCACCUCGCAUGUGUCGGCAAUGGCGACUAAAGUUUGUUUCAACGUUGGGUGACCACUGUCUUUGACAUAAACUGAAGGUUUUGGCACGCAAGCAAACAAUGAGUGAGCUAAUCUUCAGGCCAGGCCUCCUGAGCUACAAAGCGUUCAACAAGAUUUUCCACUCAUGAUCGUGUGUAGGGGGGAGAGGGGGGUGAUUGUGUAAGACAUUUAUAAUUUGUAAUAAUACUAUAAACUAUGAUAAUGUAUUCUGAAAUGUUUUUGUGUGCUAUCACGCCGAAAGAAAAUAAAAAUUGUUUUGUGUAAUAAAA